AUGAAGAGAGCUCCCCGUAGUAUUGAAGAAUGGCUAUAUUUCAAACUUCUGGAUAGUGCAGGAUUCCAUCGUUUUGUUAGAAGAAUAUAUAGAAGAAUUAAUGGAAUUAAAGAUACUCCAGAUAUUGAAUAUCGACAAACAAUUUCUCCUCUUUUAUAUAAAACCACAAAUUUGCAAAAAUUCAAAGCAUUUAAGAUAUUAUUCGCUGAUGAAUUUAGGAGUUCGUUUGGUUUCCAUAGAAAAGCUAAUGACCUAAUGAACCGUAGAUAA